AUGGCUAGGUGUAUGUUGAAACAAAAAGGCAUGCCUCAUCCAUUAUGGGGUGACGUAGUCACAAUAGCUGCAUAUGUGUUGAAUAGUUAUCUAGUAAGGAGAUUGAAGAACAAAGUUCUAGAAGAAGUUUGGAGUGGUAAGAAAUCAUUUAUGAAUUAUCUUAAAGUGAUUGGAUCAAUUUUUGAUAAGCAUGUGCCUGAUGCUAGAAGAAAGAAGCUAAAUGACAAAAAUGAAGCAUCUAACAACAUAACUAGCAAGAUUUUAUUGAACUCGGGCUUGGAGGAACCAGAUGAUGCUCUUGAGGUGGUAAUCAAUGGUGUCUCCGAGCUUCAUGCAAACACAACUAAAGCUCAAUGCACUAUUCUUAAAGACUCUAUGAAGAAGGAUUCCAAGGCGUCAUUUUGCAUUCAAUCAGUUGCUAAUGGUGCAAAAUUUGAUCAGAAUGCUCAUGUUGAGUUUGCAAAAGAGAUGGGAGACAAUGAAAAAGUUGCAGGCUAUGUGUCCAAGGUGCAUAAUCUUAUUCACUUGAUGAAGAAUUAUGGUAAAACGAUGACAGAUAAUAUGAUCAUUGAGAAGUUGGAAGAUCUUGAAGGAUCAUUAGAAGCCCGUCAAUUAAGAAUAGUUAAAAGAAAAGAUGUUCAUGAAUACAUUCAGGCUUUGCAAGCUCAGACUUGGAAAAAUAAUGGUGGAUUUAGAAAGUUCAAAGGCAAAUAUGACAAAGGCAAUAAUAUUAAGAAGAGUUCUUUGUCUCACUCUCAAAAGCAAAAGAAUGAUGAGAAACCUGGAUCUUCUAAAAGAGGAGGAGGGACUUCAAACCGUAAAGAAAAAUUCGAUAAGAAAAAUAUGAAAUGUUAUAAUUGUGAUAAAUGGGGUCACAUGGCCAAGGAAUGUUGGUACAACAAAGGAAAAGGAGCUACUAAAGACAAAGAUGUUGAUGAAGCAAAAAUAGGACAAGAGGAUUCAUAUGGUUUUGAAACGAUAGUCUUUAAUUAA